CUCAGAGACAAUGACUUGGCUCCUUUUCAGAACCGCUGGAACUCUGACCAUUUUAAUGGUGGUCCUACUGGUUCAUGGAGAAAUGAGAAUAGAGAAGACAAAAGGACAACAUGGAGAAAAUGGGCCAGCAGUACAAGCGAAAAGGAGAUAUAAACGUGAAUGGGUGAAAUUUGCAAGACCCUGCAGAGAGGAAGAAGACAACUCGAAAAGAAACCCCAUUGCCACAAUUAGUUCAGAUUUCCACGUAAAUCAGAAGAUUACCUACCGAAUUACUGGAAUGGGAAUUGAUCAGCCCCCUGUGGGAAUCUUUGUUGUUAACAAACAAACUGGAGAAAUUAACAUAACAAAAAUAGUUGAUCGUGAGAAAACCCCAUAUUUCCACAUCACAUGUCACGCUCUAAAUGCCCUAGGAAAAGAUGUAGAGAAACCACUUAUAUUAACGGUCAAAAUUUUAGAUAUCAAUGACAACCCUCCAGUAUUUUCACAAAGUAUAUUCAUGGGCGAAAUUGAAGAAAAUAGUCCUUCAAACUCACUGGUGAUGAUACUUAAUGCCACAGAUGCAGAUGAACCAAACCAUAUGAACUCUAAAAUUGCUUUCAAAAUCAUCUCUCAGGAACCUGCAGGCGCACCCAUGUUCCUCCUUAGCAGAAACACUGGGGAAAUCCGUACUUUGACCAAUUCUCUUGAUCGAGAGCAAGUUAGCAGCUAUCAUCUGAUUGUGAGUGGUGCAGACCAAGAUGGAGAGGGCCUCUCGAGUCAAUGUGAAAGUAGUAUCAAAGUGAAAGAUGUCAAUGACAAUUUCCCAGUGUUCAAAGAAUCUCAGUAUUCAGUAAGUAUUAAGGAAAAUACUUUAAAUUCUGAGUUGCUUCGAUUUCAAGUAAUAGAUCUGGAUGAAGAGUUCACAGAUAAUUGGCUUGCGGAGUAUUUUUUUACCUCUGGAAAUGAAGGGAAUUGGUUUGAAAUACAAACUGAUCCCAGGACUAAUGAAGGCAUCCUGAAGGUGGUUAAGCCUCUCGAUUACGAGCAACUACAGAAUGCACAAUUUAGUAUCGCCGUCAAAAACAAAGCUGAAUUCCACCGAUCAGUAAUCUCUCAAUAUCGAGUCCAGUCAACCCAGGUCACAGUUCAAGUUAUAAAUGUGCAAGAAGGAAUUGCAUUCCGUCCUGCUUCCAAGACAUUUACUGUCCAGAAGGGCAUAAGUAGUAAAAAGUUGCUCAAUUACAUCCUGGGAACGUAUGCAGCCAUUGAUGAAGACACUGGCAAAGUUGCCUCAAAUGUUAGAUAUGUCCUGGGACGUAACGAUGGUGGUUUUCUAAUUAUUGAUUCAAAAACUGCUGAAAUCAAAUUUGCAAAAAACAUCGCUCGGGAUUCUACUUUCAUAGUUAACAAGACGAUCACAGCUGAGGUUCUGGCCAUAGAUGAAAACACGGGUAAAACGUCUACAGGCACCAUAUAUGUUGAAGUACCUGGUUUUCAUGAAAACUGUCCAACAAUUGUCCUCGAAAAGAGUGUAAUUUGCAGCUCAUUGCCUUCCGUGGUGGUCUCAGCUAGAGCACAGGACACUGAUAAAUAUACUGGCCCCUACACAUUUUCACUGGAGACUCAACCUCUAAAACUGCCAGUUGUGUGGCGUAUCACAACACUUAACGCUACGUCUGCACUCCUAACAACAACCCAGCAGCACCUACCCCCCGGAGUGUACAGAAUCUCCCUCCUAAUUACAGACAGACAAGACAGGCAGUGCGAGGCUCCAGAGAGUUUGGAUCUGGAGGUCUGUCAGUGUGACAACAGGGACACCUGUGCAGCCCCAGUGCCCGGGCCCAGGUAUGGAGACCAGCCAUCCGGGAGGCUGGGCCCUGCUGCCAUCGGCCUUAUACUCCUUGGCCUUUUGCUCCUGCUGUUGGCCCCCCUUCUGCUGCUGACUUGUGACUGUGGGGCGGGUCCUAUUGGGGGAGGAACAAACGCUGGAUUUAUCCCAGUUCCUGAUGGUUCAGAAGGAACAAUUCAUCAAUGGGGAAUCGAAGGAGCCCAACCUGAAGACAAGGAAAUCACAAAUAUUUGUGUGCCACUUAUAACCUCCAAUGGAGCUGAUUUCAUGGAAAAUUCUGAAGUUUGUACAAAUACCUGUGCCAGAGGAAUGGUGGUAGAAGGAGCUUCUGGAAUGGAAAUGACCACCAAGCUUGGAGCAGCUACAGGAUCUGGAGCGGCUAUGGGAUCUGGAGCUGCUGCAGGAUUUGGAGGCACCACUGGAAUAGGCUUCUGUUCUGCAGCACAGUCUGGAACGAUGCGAACAAGGCACUCCACUGGAGGAACCCAUAAGGAGUAUGGCGAAGGAGCAAUAAGCAUGAGUUUCUUGGAGUCCUACUUUUCUCAGAAAGCAUCUGCCUGUGCGGAGGAAGACGAUGGUCAGGAAGCAAAUGACUGCUUGCUGAUCUAUGACAACGAAGGACUGGGUGCUCCGAGUUCCCCUGUGGGCUCCCUGGGUUGCUGCAGUUUUAUUGCUGAUGAGCUGGAUGAGAGCUUUCUGGAUUCGCUGGGCCCAAAAUUUAAACAACUUGCAGAGAUAAGCCUAGGCCUUGAUGACAAAGCCCAACAAUUUCAGCCACCCACCAACAACAGCGGUUCUGGGAUUGGAUCCUGUGGCCAUACUGUAGAAAUCCAGCACUCAGAACCUUCUAGGUGCCAGACCUUGUCAGGAGGUCAAGGAGCUUGUACUCUGUCUGCUUCUGGCUCUAGGUUCCAGACCUCGUCAGGAGGUCAAGGAGCUUGUGCUCUGUCUGCUUCUGGCUCUGUCCUCCAACCAGCCAUUUGCAUCCCUGACCCUUUGCAGCAGGGUAGCUACCUGGUAACAGAGACUUACUCGACUUCUGGCUCCCUCGUGCAACCUUCCAUUGCAGCCUUUGAUCCACUUCUCACACAAAAUGUCCUCAUGACAGAAAGAGUGAUUUGUCCCAUUCCCAGUGGUUCCAGCCUCUUACAGGGGUCGACUGAGCUACGAGGAUCGUGUAAUAUGAUCUAUACAGAAGAUCCUUGUUCCCGUCUGAUAUGACCAGAAUGACCUGGAAUAACAUACUGGCCACAUAAGGAUACUUGGACCAAAUUAUCCAUAGUAGCAUAGCAAGACUCACAAUAUCGGUCUCAUUUGGCAUUUACUUGCUACUCUCAUAAAGUGAUCAUAAUUACAGUUGAAACUGACUAGUUCAUACCCCCAAAGUGAAGAUGUUGCCACUCUUAAUUCUUCAAUACCAUUCCAGUGGCAGUAAAUUUUAAUGUUUUUCGAAGAAUCUUAAUAUAUUAGGUAGGAAAAUUUCCUAACAAUGUUUAUACUUCUACUUCUGCAGUGCCAAGGAAAGGUGUUUAUCAUUUUAAAAUGCAAUGCACUUUUAGUAGAUUAAGCACUUGGAGUCAAGAGCCUAGUUCUUGUGUCUGUCACCUUUUCUUAUAUCAUUGAUAAUGAUGUAAGAAUUAUAAGGCGUUUGCUAUAGCAUUCUGAGCUGCUCGGGAGGGGAAAAAAGAACUAGUCACAGUUGAAUUUUUCCGUCUUCUUGGUGCUGGGAGACCCUAAGUGCAUCUUUUGCUUAUGCUAAGGGCUGUCGGUUUACGCAUUAAACUUGCUACAUCUAUACGCCUCAUAUUCUAACAAUAGGACAAUUUUACCAUAAAACAUUUAGGAAAGUUUAGUAUGGUGUAAAUAGUAUUUUGGGUUUCUUUAAUCAUCUUGAAAUGUUUUACGCUGAGCUCCUUCCUGCACACUUCUCAGUAACAAAUCCUGUGUUAAUAGUUUAAAAUGCUCCUUAUUUUUUAAAAUGUAGGCGGGUAGAUAUAAUUUACAGAUGACAUGCCAUGAUGUUUAUUAUGUUAACAAUGUCUACAGACUUUGUGGAAAUACAAAACAUGGCUUUUCUUGUAAGCAAAAGGGGCCUCUGACUAGAAUAACACAAGAUGGAAUUUGUAAAUAUGUAUUAUAAGCAGUAUUUCAGGUCAAAUAGGACAUGAAAAGGAAUUACCAGGAGCAUCUGGGUGUUUUUUUUAAGCCUCAUUCCUUUUAAAUAAAACAGCUACAGCAAAAUAAUUCUUGAGCAUAACAAUGUUAAGUUAGUGGAGGUUUAGGAUCUAUUAUUUCACAUAUGUUACCAUGAUAGCAAUGCAGUUCUUCGAGUCAUUUCUGCUCAUUCAAGAUCUUCAGCCUUUAACCCAUAGAGACCACCUCACCUGCUUAUUAAUAACAUCGAUAACGACAUUAUUGUCUUAGCUGAGUCUUUGCAAAGUCAUUGUCCAGCUCCAUUGUCUCUAAUUGUAUAUAAAAUUAUCCUUUCUUUUUUUUUUUUGUCAUGUUCAAAACUGAUAUUUGUUUUUUCAGAUGGAAUGCGAAGUAAUAAAGUGUUUAUGUUUUAACCCAGAAGGGUGCACUCUUGAGGAUACCUCGAGGAAAAGAGACCCCCUAAAUGUCCUACGUCUAGCAUUCUUCCAUCUCCCAGAUGACUAUCAGGAAGGCACGUGCUAAGGCCCCCUGAGCUGUGCAGGCAGCCUCUUCUUCCAAGACAAGGCUGCUGCUGUAAUAAGGCCCGCAUUGCACUUGUCUUGAGUUGAGGGGCACUUGACCCCAUGCAGCAGCCUGCCGGAUCUUGCUGUUACCACUGGGCGCCUCUUCUCUUGCUUCUCAAAAAAAGCUUUCUCUGGAAUCUAGCACACACAGUUGAGCUGUGCCUCUGUUUAUACAUGAGUUAAAUUAAGAGUCAUAACCCAGAAGGGUGCAAGUUCUUAUUCCAAGUUCAAAAGUGUACUCAGGAUCCUCAAAGUAUUUUAACUUUAGGUCUCAAAACACAACUUAUCAGAGAAUGGGAAUUUUGCUGCAUCGUCAGACUGCCGAGGAAACAAGGCCAUAGCAGUAAAAGUUAUAUAAUGAAAUAACUGAAAUUAACUGUGUUCUGAAACAAAAAUAGAUCAGUCUUGUUUAGGAGGACCUAAAAUUGAUUUGCCAUGUAAAAUUUAAUUCAAAGCAAAAAUGUAUCUGUAUUUUUUCAACAAAAAUAAAAAUUGUUUUAAGCAGAAAAAAAUUUUAAAACUGUCUUUUUACUUGAUGUAUCAUCGAUUUUAAAUAGUAC